UGUCUGCCAACCGCCAACAAAUGACGAAAAAGAAAGAAAGCCGCAGACGAGGAAGAAGCAGCGUUGGCUGUCAACACACCGGGACUGUUUAUCGGGACCGUCACCAUGCGUCUGCUGUGUAAGACACCGCGGAUUUACUCACACGUGUGUCAGCUCAACCUGCUGACGCAGCAGAGGAAGAAGCAUCUGUGGAACCAGUUCUGGAGAUUAUCUCACCUCCCGGGGCUUCGUCCGUUCAUUAACCGCACGCUGCAUCCCUCCUGCCGGCCGUCGCACAGCUGGUUCGGGAGCAGAAUUAAUGGCUGCAGGUGGAGCAAAACCAUCUACCUGAAUUCACAGAGUCAGAAAAAAGUCACCCUCGUGCAUGUAAGUGAACUGUCUGCGGCAGCAUAUGAGAAGCUGGCCGAUGAGACAUUGGACGCUCUGGCUGAUUACUUUGAAGACCUCACAGACGAAGCUUUUACUGGGGCCGACUAUGAUGUUCUGUUCUCUAGUGGUGUUCUGACAGUGAAGCUGGGUGGAGACCACGGCACCUAUGUGAUCAACAAACAGGCGCCAAACAAACAAAUCUGGCUUUCUUCUCCUACCAGCGGACCCAAGCGCUACGGCUGGACAGGUGAACGCUGGGUAUAUACUCAUGACGGCAUCAGCCUUCACCAGCUGCUUUCUAAGGAGUUUUCCAUUAUCUUUAAUAAGAACAUUGACCUGUGUGGCCUGCCCUAUUCCUAAAACCCUGUUAAAUGCUUGGAGUAUUCACAGACUCAGUGACUCACAUCUGAAUUUCUGUGCAGCAUACACACC